UUUAACAUAAAAAAUCGCAUUGGAAACUAAAACCAUUCAUCCGCUCGCCUUAAAAAUGUAUACCUUUACUGUGCUCGUUUCUUUGACCCUUAUAUCAUAUUAUGCCUCAGGAACCACCACUACUACAAGUGAAAAGUCAAUAUUACGAUAUGGCUUUCAACAUACGCAAGAGUGCCAAGAUUAUGAAAAAGCCUUUAUUUGCGUACAGAAAUGCCUAGACUUAAACUACGAUAGUGCCGUUACCGAUAAAACUGCAAAUGCACAUGUUACUCGAAACCAGAAAUUAGCAAACAUAAAAUCAAAUCGAAUACUACAAGAAACGAUUGGAAAUCUGGUGCUCCAUCUACGCAUUUACCAAUUUGGGCACAAACAAAAACGACUAAUAAAAACAACAUAAUUGAUGAUGACGAUGAUGAUGAUGACCAUACCACUGACGAUGUGAGUAAGGAAGUAAGUCCAAAUAAACACGAAGGUGGUGAAGAAUCAAAUGGCACAACUGUUGGUGAAAAUAGUACUACUGCUGCUGCUGAUGGAGGAAAUGAAACCGCAUCUGCUGCUGGUGAAAGUACUAGUACUAGCGCAUCGGAUGGUGGAAAUACUGACCCAUCUGAAGCUAAAGACAGUAGUACUAGCACACCUGAUGAUGGAAAUACUGACCCAUCUGAAGCUAAAGACAGUAGUACUAGCACACCUGAUGAUGGAAAUACUGACCCAUCUGAAGCUAAAGACAGUACUACUAGCACACCUGAUGAUGGAUCAGACACUACUACACCUGCUGGUGAGGAAAAGCCUGUUGACGGAGCUCCUGAUAAAACUAGCACCGACCCGACUCCGACUUAAAACUUUUAGAUAAGGGCCAGGCACAAAAAACAGAAUCCUUGCAAUGGAGCUUCUUAAAACAUCCAGGACUUAUAUACUUAUACCUUCAAUUAGAUUCUGUUUUAGAAAAAUAUACAUCAUAAAAACAUAA